AUGGUGAGCAUUGCGCUCGGGGACCAGGGAAAGUUCGUGCCGAACAAAAACUACCCCUCGGGAGAGCUGAACGUUACCGAGGGAGGAGAGUUUUCACUCCAAGUCAACCAUGGCCAGUUUGACCUUGACGUGAGCAUAGUGCACGAAAGUAACACAUCGUUUUGUGACUUUUUCAACGGUCACGGUCAUUGCCGACAGCGUGACACUAAUCAAUCAGUGUUUUUCACAAUAACGUCAUUACUGGUGGGUGGUGGAGGCCGGUUUAUCAUACGCGUUAAUGUGACUGGCGUUAUUAGCUCUUAUCAGCUCAACAUUGUUGUCCACAAAUUGAGAUCAGAAGAUUUCACCGCGUACUUGCUGCACAAGAUAGCAAUAGCAUCAGUUAUCAUCAUAGCAAUCGGUUGCAUACUCAUAAGUAAGUGUUCAGGAUCAGUGCGAACCGUAACGGUGGAACAAGAUGAGUUCCUUAUUGAUGACGACCGACACCUCAUACCACUGGAUUAUGAGUUUUCCAAAGAAAAGCUGACCAUGGGAAACCUGAUCGGAGAGGGAACAUUUGAAACCGUGUUUAUGGCGCAGGCCGAAAACAUCCUACUACUUGAACCAUCAACAACCGUCGCAGUGAAAAUGACGAAAAGAACAAUAGGAGAUGCUGUGCUGCACAUGCUGCUUUCGGAUCUGACGGUGCUGAUUGAAGUUGGGCACCAUUUGAACAUUGUUAAUUUUUUUGGAGCCGUUACCAGUGAAAUCAAAAAGAGAGAGCUAAUGAUCAUCUACGAAUUCUGUGAACACGGUAACAUUGAAAGCUUUUUGAGAAACAACGUAGAAGGGUUCGUUCACUGUCAUAACUUGGUUGGUUCCGAGUCCAAAUCGUCGCUAAAGUCGAACCAAAGGCGCACCACAAUUGGCAAACCAAGGGUGUUCAACACCAAUCACCUCAUCCACUGGGCGGUUCAAGUCGCAGAUGGCAUGGCGUAUCUGGCAUCCAAACACGUGCUACACGGUGACUUGGCGGCGCGAAACAUACUUCUGACCAACAAAUAUGUGGCUAAAAUCAGCGACUUUGGGGUGAUGCGAAACGUACAGCUAAGAAAUUUUUACCAGAAACAUCCCACCAUCGAUCGUUUCAAGUGGUUCGCCCUCGAGACUAUUGCCGAUCAAGUAUUUAGCACCAAAUCGGACGUUUGGGCCUACGGUGUGUUCCUGUGGGAGCUAUUCUCACUAGGAUCGAUACCGUACGACGAAGUUGAUAAAGAAAAGGUUUUGGCCGCAAUGCUCUGCGGAGGCUUCCGUAUGGAGCGACCGAAAUACUCGGACGAGGCAAUGUACGGACGCAUGCUGCUAUGUUGGAACGCGAAUCCCAAGUUGAGGCCCACGUUUGAGACACUGUCAGAGGAACUUAAGACCCUUCUUCCGGUAAAUAUCCGAAGUGUGAAUUGA